UCUAUGGUGAUUUUACGGACUCGGAGGUACGGGUUUUGCGCCAAACUGGUGCAGCCAGAGCUGCGGCCGGAGCGCGCUCAUCCCUAAGGACAGCGGACAGCAGAAGGCACAACAUGAACCCCCGGCCGACCCAGCUGCCUCGAGCGACUCCCUGGCGCUCCCUGCCUUGCCCGCGCACCGAACUCCGCCUUGACCUGGUACUCUGUGGCGGGCAGACCUUCCGGUGGUCUGAAACCAGCCCCGGCUACUGGACUGGCGUGCUGGCUGGACGAGUCUGGACUCUCACGCAGUCUGAGGAACAUCUCUGGUAUACCUUGCAUGAAGAGGAAAAGGAGGACGGUGGCAGAGAAGAAGAAGGCCUCUCCGAACCUCCCCUGAAGAAGAGCAGGAAGCAAACACAGCCAGAACCGAAUCGUCCUGGGACAAGCGAACGUCCGGGCAGCCAUUUGUCUGGAGAGUUGGCCCGGGGAACAGAUGGGAUGACUCCUUCUCAUCUCCAGGACUAUUUCCAACUACAUGUAAAUGUAUCUGGGUUAUACCAGGGUUGGUCUUAUGUUGACUCGCAUUUCCGGGAAAUAGGUGUUAAAUUCCCAGGUGUCCGGGUGUUGCGGCAGGACCCAGUGGAGUGCCUCUUCUCCUUCAUCUGCACCUCCAACAACCACCUGUCCCGCAUCACCAACAUGAGUCAACACCUGUGCCAGGCCUUUGGGCGCCGCCUCUGCCAGCUGGAUACCAAGACCUAUCAUGCCUUCCCCACACUGCAAGCAAUGGCAGCUAUGGAAGAGCUGGAUGGAGAUGAAGUACGGGUCUCCUCCAGGGGCCGUUAUGCUGAGAGAGACAUUGUACAGUUUGUGCCCUUCCGAGACUACGUAGACCAUUCCGGCAACCACAUUUUAAGCAUGGCACGCCUGGCGAAAGAUGUCCUAGCCGAAAUCCCAGAGCAGCUGCUUUCAUACAUGAAGACCCGGGACAUCAAGCCUCUUUCUGCUAGACCACAGUAG